GCGCGCACCACGCGGGGCCGUGCCUGGGCUGGGCUGGCGGCAUGGAGGCGCUGCGGCAGCGGCGUCGCGCUCUCUACAAGGGGGCCGCAGCCCCGCCCUGGAAGGAGACCUACCGCCGGCGCUGUGUGGAGAGACUUAAAAACAGUCGUGCCAAGCUGCUGGAUAGAUACCGCCAGGUUGGGGAGAAUUUGCACUGCAAUGCGAGGGCAGCUUUUCUCGUGCAGGAGGUGAUGGAGGAGGAAUGGCAGGCCUUGCAGUCAGUGAAUGUGAGCCUGCCCUCCAUCAGAAGAAAGGAGGCGCUGUCACAGGUGUUGGAGGACCCUGAUGAACUAGCAGUACUGGAGGAAAUCCAACAAGAGUUGAUCUCACAAGAACUGUUGACAAUAGAAGAAUAUGAACGGAGUCUGCAGUUCGACCAAGAGUGCCUCAAUGCCAUGCUUGACAGCGUGGACGCAGGCAACAAGAUUAUCUGUCCAGUGUGUAAAAGGAAUAACCUGACUGUGAUGAGUUAUUUGGUUUCAUGCCCAUGUGGAUUACACAUCAGCACACAGGGUAUGACAGAACAGCAGCUCUGGUCACUUCUAGAAGACAGUGUAACAGAACAUGGUAAUCAGUGUCUUCACAAUCCUGAGUUCUCCAUCACUAGUGGAAUGGAGGGAGAAGCCAAUCUUCUCAUGAGCUGUCCGGUCUGUGACUCUUGGACAGUUGUCAUAUAACUACAACCUUGCUGGGGCUUCUCCAUGGAAAGAAUACACUAGUAAGAUCCUUCCUUCAGCUUCUAAGCAACCUGGAUGGCAUCCUGCACAUCUUUUCUUUUUAUAUCUAUCUAACUGUAUAUAAUGUUUUUGUACUUUAAUAUGGGGUAUCAAGCACUAUUGGCUUAAUCUGCACUUUUGAUAGCUAAAUAAAUAUUUGAAAUGAGAUGUGGCUAUUCACAUAAAUGAGACAAGCCUUCUCAUAACU